UGUGACUACACAUGCAGAGUUGUCGAUAUUGCAUCGAGAUUCUCUCGUCAUUGCCGAAAGAGAACACCGAUUACAUCUCACGUUUGUUGUUUCUUCAGGGCUGCCCUAAACGCCGAUGAGUCCGCAGCAAACUCACGUGAUCCCGCGUGAAGCUCCGUCAUUACCGCCGUAUGUAUCUCCAGAUCAACCCUCUCGGACACCUGAGCCUCGUGAAGGGGAGGACACAUCGGCAACGGUCGCCAUUCGAACAAACGACAUCUCUGGCCCUUACACAAAAGCCUACAAAGUGCAGUGCUCCACACCUCGCCAUCUAUAGCGCUCCACCACAGCCAACAUGUCGUUCGAAUCACAAUUGACCCCGAAGUUUGCGCCUUUUCUGGGAAUGGCUGGCGUGGCAUUCGCCAUGAUAUUCGGAUGUACGCAGGUCGUCAAUCAGCAUUAACAGCACAAGAGGCUAAAACAUGAGCAGGUGUCGGUGCGGCAUACGGCACAGCGAAGUCAGGCAUCGGUAUUGCGAACGUCGGCACAUUCAGACCAGACCUUAUCAUGAAG